AUGCCGCCCCACGAGUCUACGCCCUUGCUCGGCGACCAGCACACCGAUGAGAGCGACAAGUUCAACUUUCUAAAGUCAUCCCGCUGGUUGGUCUUCAACUCGUGGUUGAACGUCCUCCUCAUCGCUGUCCCCCUCUGUAUGGUUGCAGAGGCUCUCCAUUGGAGCGCCGUUGCUAGAUUCGUUACUUCGUUUAUCGCAAUCGUCCCCCUUGCCAAGCUUCUUGGCGAUGCCACGGAGCAGCUCUCCAUGAAGAUGGGUCAGACCACUGGCGGUCUGCUCAACGCAACCUUCGGCAAUGCCGUCGAGCUCAUUGUCGCCAUUGCCGCCCUUCUUCAGAACAAGCUUGACCUCGUCAAGAACUCGCUUCUCGGUUCGGUCCUCUCCAACCUCCUCCUUGUGCUCGGCAUGAGCUUCUUCGCCUCUGGUUUCUACUUCUACGAGUCGACGUUCCAGGUCACUGCUGCGCAGGCCAGCUCGUCGCUCCUCACCCUCUCCUGCAUCACCCUCAUCAUCCCCGCUGCUUACCACGCAUCUGAGGCUGAAGGUGACAUCAAGUCGGGGUGGUUCUUCAACCACGCUCCUGGCGCAGAGCCGGAUCCGUCGUCCAACCUCCUCCUUCUUUCGCGUGGCACGUCGCUUAUGCUCCUUGGCACCUACAUUGCCUACCUUAUCUUCCAGCUCCGCACUCAUUCCGGUCUCUUCCAGGCUGAGGAAGAGGAGGAGGAGAUCCCCGAGAUGGACAAGUACAGCGCCGGCCUGUGGCUCCUCAUCGUCACCGUCAUCACGGCCUUCGCCGCCGACAUCCUUGUCGGCAGCAUUGACGAGACUGCUGAGCAGUGGCACCUUCCUCCUCGCUUCAUUGGUAUCAUCCUUCUUCCUCUCGUCGGUAACGCUGCCGAGCACGUCACCUCGGUCUGGAUGGCGUGCAAGGGCAAGAUGGAGCUCACGAUUGGCGUCGCCGUCGGGUCGUCCAUCCAGAUCGCCGCUGGCAUGAUCCCCCUCCUUGUUCUUAUCGCCUGGCCUUUCGCGCGUGACCUCACUCUCUCCUUCCACAACUUUGACACCAUCGUCAUGUUCGUCUCGGUGAUGCUCGUCAACCUCCUCCUCCAGGACGGCCGUACCAAUUGGCUCGAGGGCCUCAUGCUCAUGAUCCUGUACUUUGUCAUUGCACUCAGCUACAUUGUCGGCUGA